UCAGGUAAACCGAUUUCCCCCUCCCUCCUGCAACGAAGUCCGCCGGAGCGUGUGGCGAGAGGAAGAGCGCGGAGCGAGAUGGAGGCGCAGGGAGCCCACCGCUGGGCAGGAGAAAUCCGCGGUGGCGGCGGCUCCAAUUACAUCGCCAAGCACGUCGGAAUCCAAAACCAGGUCUUGAAGUGGCUGCAGCAUUUCUCUGACAGGGUGGAGGAGAGGGCUAAAGGGGCUGCCGCGGAGGUGAAUGGGUUGCUGGAGGAGGCCGGGGCGCUCGAGCUGGAUAUGAAGACGGCGGUGGUCGCCUUCGACCACCUCACCCGCCAAAGGUUCACUGAACAUAAAGUUUCUGAUGAUGAUAAUAUUGACUUGAAAACACGAGACGGUGUACGAAGUUCUACUCUGCCACAAGUGCGAGCUCAGGAUUAUGAACGUGAUAUCUUACCAAGAUACAAAGACGCUUUGCAUAUAGGACUUGCUUCCUGUAAGGAUCACUUUCGAAAGAAAGGCCGUUCGACGACCUCUGUUUUCAGGGCUAUGUCCACAUACAAUCCUCUCCCACAUAUUAUUGGUUCUGAAGAGUAUAAUCAUGACAAUAGCUGUGGCUUGGCAGAUGAUGCACAAGCUAUAACUGAUGACUUCAGCUGGCUGCGAGAGUUUCAAGGGGAGUCUUCAGAUUUGGGACCUUAUGAUCUAUUUGGAUCUCAAAUGCUUGGAGUGCAGGAAGGUUUUGAAAAGGGGGAGACAGACUCUCUAGUAUCUGCCUCACGAGAAUUCAAAGCAAUGUUGGAAGCUGCACUUGUUAAUCCCUACAAGUUCUAUGAUGAUGCGAGUAAUACAGCACGAGAUGCUUCUGUAGAGAAUACAGGCACGAGUGAAGUACACCAUAACACAGUUAAUUCUCCUUCUACCUCGAUGCCACUGGACCCAGCUUUGUCGACCAGGAUGGAUGGAGCAGCGGAUGAAAAAUCAACAGAAGCAGAUAAUGCUGAAGAGGCGGAACUUUUGGCAAGCUUGCAAAACCCAGACAUCAAUGUUCAUGACAUCUAUUCUGCCUUGGUUAGAGAGGGCCUUUUUGAUGCUGGUGAUGAGAUACUAGCUGUGGACCCAGCAUCAGACUCAGCUAAUCCUGCAGUUGAGGAUUCAGCUGAAAGGGCCUCCCCGGUGAAUGAAACUGUUCUAAGCGAAGAGGAAAAAUCGAUCGAAGGGGAUAAUACUGCAUCUCCGCCUGAGAAGAAUGAUGGAGUUCCUGAAUCAUCCUAGGCCUGGCAGUGCUGAUAUUGGAUUAUUGGUUGUGCUCUUUUUCACUCUUCGUGCGGACUAUUUCUUAUCCUAGAAGAUGAUGAAGUGAGGUCUUCUUAACAGACUUUUGUUUGUCAUUUCUGUAUGAUCUUUUUUAUUACUAGGAAGCUGAUGUAGACUACUAGACUUUUCAGAAGUACAGUUCAGUAUAACAAAAGAACACAUUGUGUAACAGUCCACUAUGAGUAAACUAUCCAUUUGCUUCUGAACACUAUACAUUCUUAAUUUCUUUA